UGGCAUUGGAUGGUGGUGGCCCGAAGAAGAGAAGAAACGCGAAAGAGAAAGAAGAAAGGAAGUAAGGGAAAAGCAAAGCAUUGGAUUGGUAUUGUAUUGCUAUUGCUAUUGCAAUUGCAAUUACUGUUGUUAUUGCUAUUGGUGGUUCACCGUUCCUCUCUCUCUCUUUUCUCUUUCUCUCUCUUCCUCUCUCUUCCUCUCUCUUCUGCCAUCUCCAACUCUGAUGCAACUUCCAUCUCUCACUUUCACCCUAAUCCAAAUCUCAAUCCUCGAUCGCUUCUCUUUCCUCCCAACCACAUUUCCCUUUCACUCUCAAUUCUCACAUUCUAGGGUUACUCCGCCCUCCCAUUUCUCAACUUUACUCAUUAUUUUCUCAUAAUCUAAUCCAAUUCCACCCUCAAUUUACGCUUAAUUCACCAGCUAGGUUAUUUAUUUAUUAUUGUUUCUGUUAACGGAGAAUAAGUUCUGCUGAUUCCAAAGUCUCAGAUCUCGUUACUUUUACAUGGAUUGGGGUUUAACUAUCCCUUCCGCCACGCUCGAUUUGUGUAGCUGUGUUGAUACAAUGCGAUUGGAGAAGUAUUCAUGAGUUCCGAUGAGACCUUGCUAUUGGAAUCGGAUCCACGUCCUGUGAUUGUUCACCGCCGCGGGAAAUCGGGUUCCCGGACCUACCUCUGUGGCCAUGGUUCCUUCUCGUCUUCGGUGUUCGAGGCGGCUAUUGCUGACAUCGGCGAUUUGGAUGUGAAGGAGCGAAACAAGGAGGUUUUGUCUAGCGAUUGCAGCUUCCAGACUGCGUCGUUUAGUAAUAGUAACAUCUCUGAUAGGUGUGCUGUCGAGUCGAAGUUCCCCUGGCAGUUUCCCUUGGAAUGCCCCACGCGCGAGAGGAGGCGCUCGGCAUCGUGGGGUGCAAUGGAACUGCAUGGUGCUGAUAACCGGAGUGUUCCCUUUGAGAUAUCCGGAGCUUCGUCUCAUGUGCAGGAUAGGUUGAAUAGUAAAUCGCAGAGGAUUAGGCAUAGGAGUGUGCAAUUUGAUGAUCCUGCUUUUCAGGAGGAUGGUGCCAGGUUGAUCUAUAUUAAUGAUCCCAGGAAGACCAACGACAAGUAUGAGUUCACUGGGAACGAGAUCCGAACUAGUAGAUACACCUUUGUUACCUUUUUGCCCAAGAAUCUUUUCAUUCAGUUUCAUAGGGUUGCGUAUCUGUAUUUCCUUGCUAUUGCAGCGCUCAAUCAACUUCCUCCACUGGCUGUGUUUGGGAGGACUGUGUCUCUUUUUCCUCUGUUGUUUGUGCUUUGUGUCACGGCUAUUAAGGAUGGCUAUGAGGAUUGGCGGCGGCACAGGUCAGAUCGCAAUGAAAACAACCGGGAGUCUCUGGUGCUUCAGUCCGGUGAUUUCCGAUCGAAGAAGUGGAAAAAAGUACAAGCUGGGGAGGUUGUUAAGAUCUUUGCUGAUGAGACAAUUCCGGCUGAUAUGGUCUUGUUGGGGACGAGUGAUCAAAGUGGGCUUGCCUAUAUUCAGACCAUGAAUUUGGAUGGAGAGUCAAAUUUGAAGACAAGGUAUGCUAGGCAGGAAACAGCUUCGGUGGUUACUUCGGAAUCUUGUGAUGUUUUUGGUGUAAUUAGGUGUGAGCAACCGAACCGGAAUAUUUAUGAGUUCACUGCUAACAUGGAGUUCAAUGGACUUAAGUUUUCCCUUAGCCAGUCAAACAUUGUUCUCCGUGGCUGCCAGCUUAAGAACACGGAUUGGAUAAUUGGUGUUGUAGUUUAUGCAGGGCAGGAAACAAAAGCAAUGCUGAACAGCGCAGCUUCUCCUUCCAAGAGAAGCAGACUUGAAAGUUACAUGAACAGAGAAACCCUUUGGUUGUCUGUUUUUCUUUUUAUCAUGUGUUUGGUUGUGGCCAUUGGGAUGUGUCUUUGGCUGGUACGCCACAAGAACCAGCUGGAUACCUUGCCUUACUACAGAAAAAUAUACUUCACCAACGGACCCGAUAAUGGAAAGAAAUACAAGUAUUAUGGGAUUCCAAUGGAAGCAUUUUUCUCCUUCUUGAGUUCUGUUAUAGUGUUUCAGAUAAUGAUACCAAUAUCUCUUUACAUCACAAUGGAGUUGGUUCGAUUGGGUCAGUCAUACUUCAUGAUUGAAGACAGGGAUAUGUAUGAUGCCAGCUCUGGGUCAAGGUUUCAGUGUAGAUCAUUAAAUAUAAACGAAGAUUUGGGUCAAAUACGCUAUAUAUUUUCGGACAAGACUGGAACACUCACAGAAAACAAAAUGGAAUUCAAGAGGGCAAGCGUACAUGGGAAGAAUUAUGGGAGCUCCUUGCAUGCUGUUGAUCAUACAGCUGUGGAUGUUACUCCUAAACGCAGAUGGAAGCUCAAAUCUGAACCUGUAGUGGAUUCUGAACUGAUGAUGAUGUUACGGGAAAACUCCAAUAGAGAAGAAAGAGUUUCUGGUCAUGAGUUUUUUCUUACACUGGCUGCUUGUAACACUGUAAUCCCUAUACUUGGUGAUGGUGGAUUUUCAAGACAUGGAACAAAUGAAUUAAAAGAUGAUAUUAGAUGCAUUGAUUACCAGGGAGAAUCUCCUGAUGAACAAGCUCUAGUUUCUGCAGCCUCUGCAUAUGGAUAUACUCUUUUUGAACGUACAUCAGGACAUAUCGUUAUUGACGUCAACGGUGAGAAACUCAGAUUGGACGUAUUGGGUCUGCAUGAGUUUGAUAGUGUGCGAAAGAGAAUGUCUGUUGUUAUUCGGUUUCCUGACAAUGCGGUAAAGGUGUUAGUCAAAGGUGCUGAUACUUCAAUGUUUAGCAUUUUGGAAAAUGGCAGUGAGAGUAACAAUAACAUACUGCACACAACUCAGAGCCAUUUGAACGAGUAUUCUUCACAAGGUUUGCGCACUCUUGUGAUUGGCUCCAGGGAUCUUUCUGAUGCUGAACUUGAGGAGUGGCAAAGCUGUUAUGAAGAGGCAAGCACUUCGUUGACUGACAGAGCUACUAAACUAAGGCAAACAGCAGCUCUUAUAGAAAGCAAUUUAAAGUUACUUGGAGCAACUGGAAUUGAGGACAAGCUACAGGAGGGAGUACCAGAAGCCAUUGAGGCUCUACGGCAAGCUGGAAUCAAGGUCUGGGUUCUUACUGGUGAUAAGCAAGAGACAGCAAUUUCAAUUGGUCUUUCCUGCAAACUUCUUAGUGGAGAUAUGCAGCAGAUUAUUAUAAAUGGCACUUCAGAGGUUGAAUGUAGAAGUCUUCUGGCUGAUGCUAAAGCCAAAUAUGGUGUGAAAUCUUCAAGUGGAGGUCGUCGGAGUUCGAAACACAAAACCAAUGCUGGACAUGGAGAUCUUGAUAUUCCCAAUGGUUUCCCCAAAUGGAAUCCUGGAAAGGAAGAGGGCACUAUUGCUCCAUUGGCACUUAUAAUUGAUGGCAACAGUUUGGUUUAUAUUUUGGAGAAGGAACUAGAGUCAGAGCUUUUUGACCUGGCAACUUCCUGCAAGGUUGUGCUUUGCUGUCGUGUUGCGCCCUUGCAAAAGGCAGGAAUUGUUGAUUUGAUCAAGAGCCGGACAGAUGAUAUGACACUGGCUAUAGGCGAUGGGGCCAAUGACGUGUCAAUGAUCCAAAUGGCAGAUGUUGGUGUAGGAAUAUGUGGGCAGGAAGGGCGCCAAGCAGUGAUGGCUUCAGAUUUUGCAAUGGGACAGUUUCAGUUUUUAAAAAAAUUACUUCUGGUUCAUGGGCACUGGAAUUAUCAGCGUGUUGGCUAUUUAGUUCUGUACAACUUCUACCGCAAUGCUGUCUUUGUGUUGAUGUUAUUUUGGUAUAUAUUAUGCACGGCUUUUUCUACAACUUCUGCGUUGACAGAUUGGAGUAGUGUUUUCUAUUCUGUGAUAUACACAUCUGUACCUACUAUUAUUGUUGGUAUUCAAGAUAAGGACUUGAGUCAUAGGACACUCUUGCAGUAUCCUAAGCUGUAUGGUUCAGGUCACAGGCAAGAAGCGUACAAUAUGCAACUAUUUUGGAUCACUAUGAUUGAUACAGUAUGGCAGAGCCUUGUUCUUUUCUACAUCCCAUUGUUCACCUAUAAGGACAGUUCAAUUGACAUAUGGAGCAUGGGCAGUUUGUGGACAAUUGCAGUUGUUAUCCUUGUAAAUGUGCACCUUGGUAUGGACAUUAACCGUUGGGUAUUAAUUACUCAUGUUGCGAUCUGGGGUUCGAUUAUCAUUACGUAUGGUUGCAUGGUGAUAUUGGAUUCUAUACCUGUCUUUCCCAAUUACUGGACUAUUUAUCAUUUGGCAAGGUCCCCUACAUAUUGGAUAACAAUUUUACUUAUAAUUAUUGUGGCAUUGCUCCCUCGCUUUAUUUGUAAAGUUGUCUAUCAAAUUUUUUGGCCUUCGGACAUCCAGAUAGCUAGAGAAGCUGAUUUAAUGAGAAAACGACAUGCUACUUUGCGGCCAAGGCUCCAAGUUUCCAGUUAACAUGUGUUACUGUCCCGUGUCUUGUAGAAAUUACGGAAAUCUCAAUUGAAGUGGCUUCCCUUAUAUUUUUCCAUCACAAUGCAUUCUUGUGAGAGUUGGUUGCAUAAGUUACAAGGUAUGGGCAUGCUUUCUCUAUUUUUCUGUUCUUAAUGUUUGCUGUUAUUAUUGUUAUUAUUAUUAUCACAAUGAUGAUGAUUUUUCAUUUUUCUAAUAUUAUUUUCAGCACACUAGUUUUUUCGGGUUUGGUGGUUGUCAUUAUCCAAUAAUAAAUUCAUUUUAGAUUGCAAAUUGACCAACCCAUGUUCAUAUUAGCCUGUCUGAGGUUAGAAGACAUCCAUUUUUCCAUUAAAGUGGUAAUUUGUGAACCAGGAUAGAUACAGAAAUUGCCUAAGGAGUGGUAGAAGGCUUAGACAUGCAUAAUAUUCAAGAAUUAUAGCUCAAGGUACUUGGUUGAAUAAUGAAGUACCACUUCUGCUCUGCUGCGUUCACCCUCCUCAUUUGUUCUUCAGGAGUGUGUGGACUCUAGGCAUAGUCUACUCUAAUUGUAUGUGGAAUGGAAAGAGUAAUGUUUAACAUAUAGGAUAGUUGAGAUAGGAUAGGAAUUUAUUUAAAUUUGGGUUUCUUAAAGAAACUAAUUGGUUUAUCGUAGAAACUAAUGGGUUUUAUUAAAGUUUGUGCUACUGUUUCAGUGCCUUUUUUCUUAGGAUGACGAACAGACACAUAAGUUCUUGUUAAACAUGAAGACGGAAAAUUGUUUUUUUUUUAAAGAGUUGCAUGGCGCAAAUUAACAUACGUUAAGCAACUCUUCCGACUGUUACAACGUGUCACUCAACGGAUAGAUGAAUCUGUCUUUUUAAUUGUCUGUAUUCAUACUUUUGUUUAUGUAGACGACUAUAGAUUUUAGUGAUAAACAAUGGAGGUUUUCCCCCCAACGCAUCUUUGCAUCUUUUAAUGUAGUAAGUUGUGAAUAAGGGACCAAAUGUCUUUUGGCGUCUACAAAGUACUGCUAGCAUAAUUUGCUGGUUCUGAGACAAGGAUCUUUCCAUCCUUGUAUCCGAAUGGGUUGAGAGUUAGGUAAAAAAUGUGCACCACUUUUGCAGUCUGGCUUUAGUUUUAUUGGCCAUUUGUGUAUAGGAAUCUACAUUGGCUCACUUUAGUUUGUAUAAUCACCGAGCCUCAUUUGGUCAAGAAUGGAUUUUGUUGGAUCAUGGUGUCUUGUCAGCGCACACAUUUAUCAUUUCUUUUUUCUUGCGAGUGUUGGUAGAUUUUUAGGGAAAUCUACAUUCAAAGAUUUUUGCAGUCGAAGUUAGGCAACUAACUGAAAUGAUUCUGUCACAAGUUUGUCUUUCCCAAUCUCUUCAUGUCAUACAGUUUUUUUUUUUUUGGUGGUUUUAAAAAGCAGUAUGUCUCAUUGUUUAUAUUGUGCUUACACUUCCUACAUGUUUAAAAUUUGUCGACCACAAAAGUAAAGAUCACUCUUGUAGUAUGUUCAAAUUUUGCUGCACCAGUCGUGAUUUUUGUGGUCUAUAUUUUCCAGUUGAGAGAUGGUGAAGCAGACUGCUGUGGUGUAAGACAAAUGCUGGGCAUCCGAAAUAGUAACAGAUUAUGUCGUUGGGAAGCACAAGGCCAAGGUUGGCAUAUAGCUUGCCUGGUUUUUCAAAUGCCUCGGGUCAAGACAGGAAGGUAAAUAGAUGGAAGUUGGACAGACUCAGGUAUCUGAAUCAUCAACGAUUUGAUGUGGGUGGAAUUUUAGUGGCGACUUGUUAAUAAUGAUCCACGAUCUAUAGAAAAUAGUGUGGGAGAGAGAAUAGAGUGUAACUAAGUGUACUAUAUUUCUGUAAAAAUCAGGCUUGAAAACGUCCUUUAAAAGGAUAAUCUCUCAGGAAAGGGCAUAAUGAAAAGAAAGAAAAGGUAAUUUUUACAA